AUGGCGGCGCCCGACUACUUUGCGCGCAAGCCGUCAUACAACCGCUCUCGUUCUAGCCUGGCCGUCCCUGGACCCUCUACUCCGGCUUCACCGCACACUCCGCUGCUGACCCGCUCCCUCUCUAAUCAGCUCGCCUCGCCAGGUGCUUCCUAUCGCACAGACGACGACACUCUGCUCUACCAACUCGAUUCGAGGUCCUUCCGUGCUGGAUUCGCUGGCGACUCCGCCCCGACAUGUAUCAUCCCCUUUGGCCCUGACCAACUACGCCGCCUGAAUGACUUCACCACUACAUCCACUACCCUGUGCGCCGAGCAUGAUUGGGCAAAAGAUUGGGAGCUGUGGGAUCUGGACAUUCGAAACACAAACCUCGGUUUGAUCGAGGACAAGAUUGAGCGUGCCAUUCGCACUGCCCACACCAACUACCUCAUGCUGGACCAACGCCCUCGCAAAGUCUUUCUUGUUCUCCCCUCGGCCUUGCCUCACCCGCUCGUCUCUCUCACCUUGAACGUUGUCUUCAAUGCCUUUCAACCUGCCACUGUUCAGCUGUGGACGCCACCUAUCCUUUGCGCCGUGUCUGCUGGUCUCCGUUCGGCCUUGGUCAUCGACAUUGGUUGGCAUGAGACCACCGUCACCGCUCUGUACGAGUAUCGCGACGUUUUUCGCAAAACUUCAUCCCGUGCGGGGAGAUUGCUUACUCGGAACAUGGCCAACACCUUGAGCAAGCACGCUCCUGCUUCGGACCCUCUCUCCUUCGACAUCGCUGAAGAUAUCGUUACACGCAUGGCUUGGUGUCGCAACUCGCGUGACCAGCACUUUGCCGAUAGUAUCACACUACCUCUCGGAUCUUCAACAUCUGAAGUUCCUUUCGAUUGCCUUGCAGACCCGGUCGAGGAAGCCUUCUUCUCCGCACCCGUUCCGCUCGAGCACAUUGAUGAUCACGAUUUGCCUUUACAUCUCUUGGCCUACAAGUGUCUGCUGUCACUCCCACUAGACGUACGCGCAAUAUGUGUUUCGCGCAUCCUCAUUACUGGUGAUGCAAGCGAUACGCCAGGAUUCAAGCCUCGUCUGUUACGAGAGAUAGAGGCCUUGGUCAAUGCCAAAGGCUGGGACCCAGUCAUGAACUAUGGCUCGGCUACGGAGAAGAGACAGCAAAAGGCACAGCAACAGACGAUAGCUCUACCAACUAGAACCAAGCCACCUGACGGUAGUGACCCCCAUGAUCAGGUGGACUCUCAAUCUGAUGAGCGAUCCUUUGCUCGCAAUGCGCCGCAAGAACGUGAUGAGGUUGCGGAAAAGUUACAGCGCGAAGUGCUGAAGCGCGGCGUCACGGUACAAGGCGAGGUGCGUGGAGUCGAGACGUUAGGUGCUUGGGCAGGAGCAUCUCUGGUUGCCAGUCUCAAGGUUGAUGCUGCGUUCGAGAUCAAGAGGGACGACUUUUUCAAGAAUGGUCUGAGCUCAUUGGGUCACACGUUCUAA